AUGAAACUCAACAUUUCUGUGAUCGUGGUGAUUUGCAUAAUACUAUUAAUAGUGGCAAAAGUCGACUGUACAACCAAAACUGCGACGCCCUCGAUACAUAGCAGCCGCGUGAUAUCACCGGCAGAAGAUUUGACCAGUUCUUGCUUCGUUGUCGAAGAAGGGGUUCCUGCGUGCCAAGAUGAGGAUGAGGAUGACACGCGGUCAGCGACGCGUACGCCGUACCUGAAGGACAACUACUGGUCCGACAGGGCUCGGGACCGGAAGUCCCCGACGGAGAGUGGUAGUCGUCCCUUAGGCUGGUGGUGGCGCUUAGUCGGAGAACUGAAGCGGAAUCUCGGGAAAAAAGCAUCGGCGGCGACUUCGGCGGCGGCGACGACCACGGUUCGAAGCGGCGUAUCCCAGCUACCGGAAACAAUCGUCACGUACUCGAUUAAGGGUUGCAGCCCCACGAUAGUGCCGUUCGAUUUGUCGCCUUGCAGCAACUUAUCACCGGAUGUGCCGCAGCCUGUCAGCACCACUCGGGUAAUCUACUACGUGCCACCGUUGUCCCAGAUCGACAGUUACAGCCCAUCCGACUUUGACCAAUGA